AUGUGUUAUGCUCUUUCAACUUUUAGUACUUUACGAACCGGCGCGAACCUUUCUGCAUUUGCUCCGAACAUCUGUCAACAACUCCCUUCAUCUGCUCAUCUCCCUUCGCACGCAGACAAACUUUCCAGCAAACUUCCCGAUAACAGCGCCAUGGAAGGGCUCGAAAUGAAUCCGGCCUCGAAUACCGGUGGUAGUGCUCUGACCGGAGCACCUUCUGGGACAUUCGAGACUGGGCAAGAAUCAAUGGUUACAGCUGGUUUACAAGAUUUGCGUCUCUCGAAUGAUCCCGAGCAAUCUGACGCGAGAAACUCUUCGAGAAAAGCGACGACCGGAAGCACUGCUGAUUCUCAGGGGCACGGGGUCUCGGAAGAUGAGACUUGCCUGAGCGAGACCUCUGAGCCCGAGGACGAAGGCUCUGAGGAGCUGGUGACUUUGACUGAACUUGGGAAACUCACGGACUGGCACAAGGAACUCGUCGGCAAAGGAGAUAGUUCGAACAUCGCCGAAGCCCGGAAAAUCGAGGCUCACGUAGAACGCACGUGGACGACUCUUGGAAAAGGCAAGGCGAAAUCCAAGCGACAUAACAUGUGGGAAUGGGGUAUUGGAAUGGGAUUACUUGCGAUGAAGACGAAUACACGCAGAGCUGAGGAAGCCGCUCGGGAGCGAGUCCAGAAGAGCGAGGAACGGUUGAACAAAGGUUCAAGGAGGUCAGAUCGGCUCAAACUACAGGGGGACAGAGUAUCAAGCGGCAGAGUCAUGAAGAAACAGAAUCAGUAG